AUGCGCUUCACCGGACUGGUGGCAGCCUGCGUUGGUGCCUUGGUGGCUGCUGCGGCCUCAGUAACCACACCCGCUUCCCAUUUCCACCUGGCAGGAGAUUACAUCCUAGGGGGUCUCUUCUCCUUGCACGCAGAAGCUGUGGGCAGGCCCCAGCUCAGCCCCGCGCAGGAGGUCCCCAUCUGCAAAAAGUAUGUACCGGGUAUCAGAAAUGGGGGAGGGCCAGGGCCGGAUUUAGGUCUGAUGAGGCCCAAAGCUAGUGAAGGUAAUGGGGUCCUUUAUAUGUCCAGCUGUCCUUUGUCAACAACAAAUGGUUGCUGUUUUUUUGUGUUGAAUUUAUGAAUAUGAAAGUGUGGUGUAGUGGUUAGAGUGUCGGUCUAGGAUCAGGGAGACCAGGGUGCAAAUCCCCACCUGGGCAUGGAGUUCACUGGGCGACCAGGGCGGGGGGCAGUCACUGUCAUCAUCCAGCCUAACCAACCUCGCAGGGUGGUUGUGGAGAUUAAAUUGGGGAAACCAUGAGCUUCUUGCAGAAGAGGUGAGAUAUGCAUGCAAAUAUAAUAAUAAUUCUGAAUAUCCAGUGCUCAGUCCAGUAUACCUGAAGAAGCGUCUCCACCUCCAUCGUUCUGCCCGGACAAUGAGGUCCAGCGCUGAGGGCCUUCUGGCGGUUCCCUCGCUGCGAGAAGCCAGGUUACAGGGAACCAGGCAGAGGGCCUUCUCAGUAGUGGCACCCGCCCUGUGGAACGCCCUCCCGUCAGAUGUCAAAGAGAAAAACAACUACCAAACUUCUAGAAGACAUCUGAAGGCAGCCCCGUUUAGGGAAGCUUUUAAUGUUUAAUAGGUUAUUGUAUUUUAGUGUCUUGUUGAAAGCCGCCAAGAGUGGCUGGGGAAACCCAGCCAGAUGGGCGGAGUAUAAAUAAUAAAUUAUUAUUAUUAUUAUUAUUAUUAUUAUUAUUAUUAAUGGACCAAAUAGGUAUCUCAAGCCAUUUGCACAUGUGGUCAUGCAACCACUCCAUGUAGGCACCUUAUAUAUAGAAAUGAGCAAACCCGUGAUAUUUGAGGGAGCAGGCUAGCAGGUGGGGCCCAUUACUUACAUCAUAGGAGCCUACAUAACAGAAAACACUUGCUGUAUGUAGGCUUUAUUUAUUUUUUAUCUUAUAUUUUGGAAAUGUACAUCCAGGUUUUUUUCCUUUAAUCCCCCCCCCCCCUCAAGAGAGUAGGGCCCUAAGCUAUAGCUUGUUUAGCUUAUAUGUAAAUCCGGCACUGGGGAGGGCAGGUCAUUUUAGGAAUGAAAUGAGAUUUCGGGUGUGGAUUCAUAGAAGUGUCUGGGGUACACCCAAGAGUUAUAUAGUUCAAACCCCUGCAAUUCAGGAUCCAUAGCUAAACAAUCUCUGGCAGGUGGCUAUCCAAUCUCUGCUUAAAAACCACUGGUGAAAAAGAGUCCACCACCUUCCAAGGGAGUCCAUUCCACUGUUGGAAUAAUAAUAAUAAUAAUAAUAAUAAUAAUAAUAAUAAUAAUAUUUAUAUCCCGCCCACCCCAGCCAAAGCUGGGCUCAGAGUGGCUAACAACAAUAAAAGUAACACAGCAUUCUAAAAUCAAUUCAUUUAAAAUCAAUUCAAAAUCAAAUUAAUGGAACAGCUCUUUCUACCAUAUAUUUUUCUUCCUGGUCUUUUGUUGGAAUCUCCUUCCUUGUGAAGCUGUUGGUUCGGGCCAUGCUCUCCAGAGCAGGAGGAAACAAGCUUGCUCCAUCUUCCAUGCGGCUUAUCCUUUAGAUAUUUGAAGAUAUCUCCUCUCAGCUUCCUCUUUCCCAUGCUAAACAUACCCAGCUCCUUCGACCGUUCCUCAUCAGGCUUGGCUUCCCUUGAUCAUACUGGCCACUCUCUUCUGCACACGUUCCAGCUCGUCAAUUUCCUUCUUAAAUUGUGGUGCCCAGAACUGGACACAGGACUCCAGGUGUGGAAUAUGCAUCUGGACAGGCUUGCCUGAAGGCCAGGAGAGCUGCUGCCAGUCAGUGCAGGCAGCUAGACCAUGGGUCUGAUGGCUUCUGAUCAUAGCUGUCAACUUAUAGAUUUGAAAAUAAGGGACCAGCGGCCUCAGAAAUAAGGGAUCAGCAGCCAAAAUAAGGGAUCAACAAUUACUUUGAUAAAAUACAUAUUUUGUUGCGUGCAAAUGGCUUUAGAUACCUAUUAGGUCCUAUAAAUUACCAUAUAGCAUAUAUUCAACACAAAAAAACAGCAAAAAUUUGUUGUUGACAAAGCACAGCUGGACAUAGAGAGGGCCCCAUUACCUUCAGUAGCUUAUUUAAGGGACAUCAUCAAUAAGGGACAGCAGUGGGACAUGGCCCUGGGAUAAGGGACUGUCCCGCCAAAUAAGGGACACUUGACAGCUAUGCUUCUGAUGUUCUUGUGUUUCACAUUUUUUAACGAUGCUUGCUGGAAUCCUUUUAAAGAAGAGCAGGCGACUCAACCGGAGUUUGCCCGGCCUCCCCGGUCCAGAGCUGGCCCUCAGUGCAUCGCCUCUCACCCCUCUCCCAGGUACAAUCUGAAAGUCGUGAGCUACAGCUACCUCCAGGCCAUGCGCUACGCGGUAGAAGAGAUCAACAAAGCCAGCGCCCUCCUGCCAGGGGUGCGGCUGGGCUACGAGAUGGUGGACGUCUGCUACCUCACCAACACCAUCCAUCCGAUCUUAUACUUCCUCUCCAACAACCGCUCCCUGCUGGAUAUCGAGACCAACUACACGCAGUACCGCCCGAGGGUGGUAGCCGUCAUCGGGCCAGACUCGUCUCAGGCAGCGGUGACAGCCGCUUUCCUCUUGAGCCAGUUCCUCGUCCCACAGGUAAAGUUGGUGGCCCUCCUCGGCAGGAGCAGAGAACUGCGGGCCCCAGGGGUGGAAUGCGGCCCCUCACACCUCAACGUCUGGCCCUUGGAAGCCUCCCAAGGCCACGCCUCCUCUCCACAAGCCAUGCCUCUGGCCGGCCUGGAGUCAUUCUCUCAGUAUUUUCGCCUAGCUGGCAUUAUGUAUAUCCUCCAAAAGUUCACUGAUGAAAAUAGGGAUGUCCUGUUUAAUAAUAAUAAUAAUAAUAAUAAUAAUAAUAAUACCCACCCAUGUGACUGGGUUUCCCCAGCCACUCUAAUUUGCACAUAUUACCAGCUUACUUAGCUUUGACUUCCCUCCCCCCCUUCUAUGGUUCAUUUCAUUUUUCCUUUACUGCUGCAUAUUCUAGCUACCGUAUUUUUUGCUCUAUAAGACUCACUUUUCCCCUCCUAAAAAGUAAGGGGAAAUGUGUGUGCGUCUUAUGGAGCGAAUGCAGGCUGUGCAGCUAUCCCAGAAGCCAGAACAGCAAGAGGGAUUGCUGCUUUCGCUGCGCAGCGAUCCCUCUUGUUCUGGCUUCUGAGAUUCAGAAUAUUUUUUUUCUUGUUUUCCUCCUCCAAAAACUAGGUGCGUCCUAUGGUCUGGUGCGUCUUAUAGAGCGAAAAAUACGGUAUUUCUUAUUCUUUCUUUUCCAGUUUUCCCCUCCACGUGUAGUCCAACUGCUCAAUUUAUUCCCACCCUGCUAACGUUUUAAGUUGUUUACAAUAAUUUUUCAAGUAUUCCGCAAUUCCCCCCCCCUCCACUCUUCUUUAAAAACUCUUUCUUCCUAAUCUCUGAUUCUGCUAGUUUAAGCUAGCGGUUUCUACAUAUUCCAUCAGUUUCAUCUGCUAGUCCUGCCUUGCUGGUGCUGUGCCCUCCUAUGAGGUUCUCUUCUUUGGUCGCCCUGAGGGUGACUCGGCUCUCCUUCAUAGCUGUCAACCGUCCCUUAUUUGGUGGGAAAGUCCCUUAUUGCUGUCCCUUAUUGAUGAUGUCCCUUAAAUUUCCUGGGUUUCCAAGGAAGCAGCUCCUCUCCCUCCCUCCCUGCCGGCCAGGGAGGAGGGAGGCUCCAACUGUGUUGCUUGGCUGCGUUGCUCACCUAAUAAGGAGUCUAAGAACGACUGGGGGGUGGAGCUUGCAUGCCUUGUGUCAAUCAAAUCGGCCGCGUUGUCUGGGGACUCGCCUUUGCUCAGCGCUUCCCAGCAGAGAGGUGACGGUGGUUUCCCUUGUUGCAUCCCCUUUCCCGGGUUGCUGCGCUGUGGGAACCACCACUUGAGGCUUUGUUUGGCUGCUGGUUGACUAAAAUCCCUUAUUUUGGCUGCUGAUCUCUUAUUUUCAAGGCUGCUGGUCCCUUAUUUUCAAAUCCGUAAGUUGACAGCUAUGCUCUCCUUCCACUCCAGAUCACCUACAGCGCCACCACCGAGUUCCUGGGCAACCCCAAGGUCUUCCCGGUGGCUUUCCGCACCAUCCCAAGCGCCGAGCAGCAGAUCGCUGUUAUGCUCCAGCUCCUGCAGCACUUCAAGUGGAACUGGUUCAUUGUCCUCUCCAGCGAUGACGACUACGGCCAACAAAACCUGCAGCUGUUGCGAGCCCAGGCCACCCGAGGCUGCAUUGCCUUCCAGGAGACCAUCCCAGUCCAGGGAAAGGAUCCUCACGAUUCGGGCAACAGCACAGAGGAGUGGAUCAGCAGUAUUGUGACCAAGAUCAGCAGGAGCACGGCCAAAGUGGUGAUCAUCCUCAGCUUGGAACUGCCUCUCCCCACGUUCUUCAGAGAAGUCAUCCGCCAGGAGAUGACGGACAUCGUGUGGAUCGCCGCAGAGGCCUGGUCCAUCGACCCGACCACCCACGGCGUCGCCAACAUCUCGAGUGUGGGCACCAUCUUUGGUGUGGCCGUGGAGGAAGUGCCCGUCCCUGGGAUGGAUGACUUCCGCGUCAGGGGUCCGUCCCACCCAGGGGAAGGUGGCGAAGGCCAGGCCGCCUCCGGUGCGGCAACGUGCAACCAGGAAUGCGACGACUGUCUGGCGGAGGCUUGCUCCUACGACAAGAGCCUCCGGGGCACAGGGGACCGCAUCAACUUCAACGUCUACUCGGCCGUUUACGUGGUCGCGCAUGCCUUGCACCAGCUGCUAAGAUGCAGCGCCACGAGAUGCGACCGGCGGGAGAUUUAUCCGUGGGAGGUGAACUCCCGCAUCACUGCCACAUGGCUGGGGAGGGAGGGAAUGUACCGUAUUUUUUGCUCCCUCCUAAAAAGUAAGGAAGGGACGCGGGUGGCGCUGUGGGUAAAACCUCAGUGCCUAGGACUUGCCAAUCGUAUGGUCGGCGGUUCGAAUCCCUGCGGCGGGGUGAGCUCCCGUCUUUCGGUCCCAGCUCCUGCCCACCUAGCAGUUCGAAAGCACCCCUAAGUGCAAGUAGAUAAAUAGGUACCGCUUUAUAGCGGGAAGGUAAACGCCGUUUCCGUGUGCUGCGCUGGUGCUGGCUCGCCAGAGCAGCUUCGUCACGCUGGCCACGUGACCCGGAAGUGUCUUUGAACAGCGCUGGCUCCCGGCCUCUUAAGUGAGAUGAGCGCACAACCCUAGAGUCAGACACGACUGGCCCGUACGGGCAGGGGUACCUUAAAAAGUAAGGGGAAAUGUGUGUGCGUCUUAUGGAGCGAAUGCAGGCUGCGUAGCUAUCCCAGAAGCCAGAACAGCAAGAGGGAUUGCUGCUUUCACUGCGCAGAGACCCCUCUUGCUGUUCUGGCUUCUGAGAUUCAGAAUAUUUUCCCCCCUGUUUUCCUCCUCCAAAACCUAGGUGUGUCUUAUGGUCUGGUGCGUCUUAUAGAGCGACAAAUACGGUAUUCAUGGAGGCCUGACCAAAGGCGGGAGGCUGCAAGACACGGUUGUUUAGGGUUGGAUGGAGAAAAUGAGGCCAGGGAGCCAGCUGAGGCCAUCCAAACCUCUUUAUCUGGCCUCUGGGGGUCCUUACAGGCUGUGCCCCGUCCCAAAACCACACCCCCGCCCCAGGGCCCUACCCCCUCACUGGCCCUGACUUACCCAGUGGACGGAGGAUAGAGAGGGAUGAUGAACGCGAGUGUAGAAAUUUGCCUACCAAAGAAAAAUUUGAACCAAAUUUUGCCUCUGGUUCCGCAAGUGACUAGGGCUGGGCGAUUAUCUGGUUUUCAACAAUGCAAUAUGUCACCAGGUAAACAUUGCGACAUAACCGAUAUAUCACGGUGUCUGAAAUAAGGAUGGAGCUAUGUACUGUAGAGGCAUCGGCUGCCUUCACGGUUUCUCCCCACGCUGUGAUUUUUUGUACACAAACACAAAGACGCAUCAUGAUUCACAAUAUAUUCCCAGGUUAAAGAUUACAAAACUGGUAUCGUGAUAUGGAGUUGAAACAAUUUUGGACGAUAUACCUUGCCCAGUCCUAACACACACUGUGAUUUACAAUAUAUUCCCAGGUAAAAAAUUACAAAGCCGAUAUCAUGAUAAUGGACUUGAAACUAGUUUUGGACGAUAUAUCGCCCAGCCCUACCAAUGACCCCAGUAAGGAGACCCAGGAGGAAAUGCAGCCUUCCAGCUACAAAUAAUAAAAAAAAACCCUUUCCAACAGUCUGCCAUCAUUUCAGGGCCACUGGGCACAAUCUGUUGGGUCAACUGCUGGAAUGACCCCAUGUGGGUGGUGCUGUUUUGGGUACCUAAAUACAGCUGAAUGCUGAACAUUGAAACUAGAGGGAGAGAUAGAGCCUGGCCAGGGAUUGGCUCUUUGGGGUCAGCUGACAGAAUGCUAAAGUGGGCCCCUGGUACUGCAGCACAGAGGGCGCCCUUGAGGUAAGCAAAAAAUGACAUAGGGUGUUUCUAUGGGGGUCACUCACUUGCUGCAUCUGCGAGAGUAGAUUCAGGGAGAGCGGUGGUGGUUGUAGUGUGGUUUUGAGGCCUGAGCUCAAAAUGGCUUGGCGUUGCCGCACAAACAGUACCUCUCUCCUCGUGUCGUAGCUGCUGAAGGAGAUGCACAAGGUGAACUUCACCCUGCUGAGGACCAUGAUCAACUUUGACCAGAAAGGAGACCCACCGAACGGUUUCGAGGUCAUACAGUGGCAAUGGAACGUUCCCGGCCAGCCUUUCAAGAAGAUUGCUUCCUAUAAUUCGUUGCAGGGAAGGCUCGACGUCAAUGAAAAAAUCAUCACCUGGCACACCGCAAACAACACAGUGAGUAGCGUCUUAAGGGACUCCCAUGGCUGCCCUGUGCCAGACAGCCCAUUCCACCUCCGAGGUCUUUCUCCUGUUGUGGAAUGAAUCCACUGGGUACUUACUAGAUACAAGGGUCUUCUUAGUGGUGGUGGGAACUUCCAUUGAGACCUGGCGUUGUAUCUCAAGGUUGGGGGGUGGGACAUCUGAGGCCAGGUGUUGUUGGGCUCCAACUCCCAUCAGUCCCAGCCAGCAUGACCUAUGGUCAGGGAAGAUGAUGGGACCUAGAGUCCAGCAACCCAUGGGAGGGAGGCAGCAACAGGCAGAGUUGUGGUGGAGGUAGCCUAGGGCAAUAAGGACAAGUGAUUGCCUAAUUAAGAGAUGGGCACCUUGUGGUCCUUCAGACGUCCUUGGACUACAACUCCCAUCAGUCCCAGUGUGGAUGGCCAGUAGUCAGGGAUGAUGCUGGGAGCUGUGGUUGAACAAUCUUUGGAGGACCACAGGUUCCACCCACCUCUGAUUGAGAACUACAAAUGUCAAAAAUGGGGAUUUCAGGGAGUUUAGGUAAGCUAGCGGAGGUUUUGUUCUAACUGAAGCCUGUGGACAGUUUUCAAGGACUGCACCCACUGACCCCUGACCCCCCAAAUUGCAACAGUCUAAUCUGGAAGGGUCCAGGCCACAAAUGACCAUGGACUAGGGUUGCCAUAUUUCAAAGUUUCAAAAAAAUUGAGCUUUUUGAGCUUUUUUUAAAGGACGUUUGCAAAAAUCUACCCUUCCGACAUGGGUUGACGUGCGUCUGGGUUUUCCCGGACAUUACAGCGAUUUCUGCCUGGAUAGUAUUUCUGAUUGGCUAUGUCAGGGAAAUUCUGGAGAUGUGGACAAUAUUGACCGUCACUUUCUGGGGAAGGUCCACAGCUCGAUACCUGCUUGGAGAUCUGAGGCUCAACCCCCAACAGAGCCAUCGGAAUUGUCUCCUACCCCAAACCCUGAGGAAGCUGCCUGAAGAUCAUUGCUCCACUCAGCUCAAUACUUCCUGCACUGACUGGCAGAGUUCACCUGGGUUCCAGGCAGGGAGUCCUUCCCGGCCCUACCUGGAAGUGCCAGCGAUUGAACUGCAGGCUUUCUGCAUGCAAGGCAGGAGCUCUGCAACUCAGCUCCGGUCCUUCCCUAUAAUUUACCAAUAUGCUUUAGGGUGAAUGCAAACAAGUCCAUAGAAAUCUCAGUUCCCCCCUUCUGAUAGAUAUCUGCACCAGGCGGGUCCCACAACUUGUUUACAUUGGCUCAAGACUGCCACCUUGUGCCUGUUUGGAGGUUAACUCCUUGAGGCGUCCCUGUAUAGAGCUUUGUCUUUGAAAGACAGAUAUAAUAAUCACCGCUGCUUUUUUUUUUGUCAUUUUGAAAAUGUCUACAGUGCAUGUAAAGGGGAUGAAAUUGGGCACAGAGCUGACGAAGGAUGCCAGGGCUGAUGAGAGCUGUAGUCGCAGGUAUUUUGAGGGUACCAGGUGGAUGAAGGCUGUUUCAAGACAGAAUUGUAGAUUUGGAAGGGCCAUCUAGGACCAUCUAGUCCAACCCCCUGCAAUACAGGAAUCUUUUGCCCAACGUGGGACUUGAACUCACAACCCUGAGAUUAAGAGUCUUAUGCUUUACCUGCUGAGCUAUUGGGGAAAGGGUCCUUACAAACAGGUGGAGGUGUUCUGUUAGGUACUGAUGUCCGAAUCCCCACAGAGCUUUGUAAGUGAAGAAACACCUUGGAUUGGACCUGGAGAUGAACUGGAAGCCAGUGGAAGAUUGCCAGGCCUAAUGUGAUGUUCCAAACAUUAGGUAAAGGUAAAGGACCCCUGGACGGUUGUCCAGUCAAAGGCGACUAUGGGGUUGCAGUGCUUUCAGGCUGAGGGAGCUGGAAUUUGUCCAAAGACAGCUUUCCGGGUCAUGAGGCGAGCAUGACUUAACCGCUUCUGGCACAACAGAACACCUUGAUGGAAGCCAUAGUGCACGGAAACGCCGUUUACCUUCCCGCCACAGAGGUACCUAUUUAUCUACUUGCACUGGUCUGCUUUCAAACUGCUAGGUUGGCAGGAGCUGGGACAGAGCAACGGGAGCUCACCCCAUCACAGGGAUUCGAACCGCCAACCUUCUGAUCAGUAAGCCCAAGAGGCUCGGUGGUUUAGACCACAGCGCCACCCGCAUCUGUUUUUGUUUUGUUGCUGAUUUUUAUCUUUUGAUUAUAUCCAAGAGUUGUGGGGUUUUUUUUGCUGUUUUUAACUCGUUGUAAACUGUUUUAAUGGAACGCGAGUGGCGCUGUGGGUUAAACCACAGAGCCUAGAACUUGCCGAUCAGAAGGUCGGUGGUUUGAAUCCCCGCGACGGGGUGAGCUCCCGUUGCUUGGUCCCUGCUUCUGUCAAGCUAGCAGUUCGAAAGCACGUCACAGUGCAAAGUAUGGCGGGAAGGUAAACAGCAUUUCUGUGCGCUGCUCUGGUUUGCCAGAAGCGGCUUAGUCAUGCUGGCCACAUGACCCGGAAGCUGUACGCCAGCUCCCUCGGCCAAUAAAGCGAGAUGAGCGCCGCAACCCCAGAGUCGGCCACGACUGGACCUAAUGGUCAGGGAUCCCUUUACCUUUACCUUUAAACUGUUUUAAGGGUGGUUGUUUUGUUUUGUUUUUUUGUUUUACAAACACGGGGUUUUGAACCGAAGCAAUUUGACACUAUACAAAGGAAAGCACACAGCUAAACUACUCCAGGAUCACUGCCAGAGAGGCAGUUAUCCCAUUGCUCGGUCUCUGUUCCUGCCAACCUAGCAGUUUGAAAGCACGUCAAAGUGCAAAUAGAUAAAUAGGUACCGCUCCGGCAGGAAGGUAAACAGUGUUUCCGUGCGCUGCUCUGCUUCGCCAGAAGCGGCUUAGUCAUGCUGGCCACAUGACCCGGAAGCUGUACGCCGGCUUCCUCGGCCAAUAAAGCGAGAUGAGCGCCGCAACCCCAGAGUCGGCCAUGACUGGACCUAAUGGUCAGGGGUCCCUUUACCUUUACCUUUAAACUAUCUGUGUCUCACCUGGAGAUGCCGUUAAGAUCCUGCACUUCUGGAGCCGUGUCUUAAACACAUCACUGGGAAUGAAAUUCCAAGGAACUCAACAAAUAAAUGUAACUGACCGAAAUUGACAAUUUUCCUGGUGACAACCCUGGUCAUCAUGGACGGGCUUACAAACAGAAGACCCUCUGCUCUGGAAGAUGUUAGAGGGCCUUCCUGUAGGAAGGAAGAUUCCGAUUUAUCACCAUGAUAAAAUAAAUAAUAAAAAUUGCGUGUGUGUGUGUGUGUUUGGGGGACGAACAGCAAAAGGGGAGCAAAAGUUUGAGCUGGCUAAUUUGGGCGAUUGACAUUCAAAGGUCUUGGCAUUAGCCUUGUUAGAAAUCUCACCCCCUUGGCCACAAAAACGGAAAGGCUUUGGAGUGUCUAGCAAAAAAGACAGGUUUUUGUUUUUUUGGGCAGUACACUUUGUUUAUGAAUAAGGUGGCAUAUAAACAGUUUCUCCUAUUUAUGCUAUAGUAUGGUUUAGAAGAACAUACAAUAGUUAAGAUACAACACACCCAAUAAUUUUAUAUAUUUAUCAGAUUUAUAUACCGCCUUUUGUCACCUGAUCUCAGGGCUGUUCACAGGAUAAACAGACAAGAUAAAAAACACAAGUCAAUAGUUAAAACAAAAACAAAAAACACACAAUGACCCCCCCUUCCAAAAACGCAUUUAAAAUGCUGUAAAACAUUAAUCAGCCUUAUAAGACAAAGAAACAAAAAUACAAAUACAAAAUACAAAUUAAUAUAUAACACUUAAGAAUUUUAUUUUAUUUUAUUGCUAUAAUUGUAUCCGUAGUCAUAUGGUGUGCACAUGAUAAGAAAGCAAGGGAAUUAAGAUUAACAUUUUGGUUUGUUUCGUUUUUGUUUAUUUCACCACACACACUGCAGUGUUUCCUUUUGCAAGCAGGUUGCACAACGUCCUUCUUCUAUUUUCUCUCUCCUUCCUUUCUUUCUUUCUUACUUUCCUUCUGUAAAUCCUCACUUUCCUCAUAAUGUUAAAACGUCAAUAAAAAUUUACACGUGAGCACACACACACACACACACACACACACACAGACACAGUGUGUAUGUAUAUAAGUGGUGAGCACAUCACGUAUAAUUCUUUUCAUGCUCUCUCAUUUGCAGGCGCCUCAGUCCAUCUGCUCAGAGCAAUGCGAGGCGGGACAUAAGAAGAAAUUGAUCGGGAUGCUCACCUGCUGUUUUGAGUGUGUGCAGUGUGAGGCCGGGACCUUUCUCAACAGCAGCAGUAAGUUUCUGAAUACCACUUGCUGGAAACCACAGGAAGGAAGAGCUGCUGUUGUGCUCAGGUCCUAUUUGCAGGUUUCCUUUUGGAGGCGCAUCUGGGUGGCUGCUGUGAGAACAGGAUGCUAGAGUGUACGAGUCCCCAUCUAAUAAUAACAAUAACAAUAAUAAUAAUUUAUUAUUUGUACCCCGCCCAUCUGGCUGGGCUUCCUCAGCCACUCUGGGCAGCUUCCAGAAAAAUAUUAAAAUACAAUAAUUUAUCAAAUAUUAAAGGCUUCCCCAAACAGGGCUGCCUUCAGAUGUCUUCUAAAAGUCAGAUUGUUGUUCAUUUCCUUGACAUCUGGUGGGAGGGCGUUCCACAGGGCAGGCGCCACUACCAAGAAGGCCCUCUGCCUGGUUCCCUGUAACUUCGCUUCUCCCAGUGAGGGGACUGCUAGAAGGCCCUUGGCGCUGGACCCAGGAGUGUACGAAGGGGGGGGGGAGGGGGGUCACCCUGGGACCACUUAGGGGUAUGUGUGACAAGAUGGCCCGCUGCCCCCCCAGCUGUAGAGCGGCCAAGGGCGUGCACGCAGUUAGUCUGGGCGCCGCUCGCACGGCGUCCGUAUGAACUGCCACUCUCGUGCGCUGUCGAUAUGGGUAUCCGUACGGGCUGCUCACAUGACGACCGUAUGUGCUGCCGCACGUGCGCAGUCCGUAUGGACGUUGCACGUGCGCCGCCAAGCGGUUCGCCCCGCCCCUGGCUGGACCUCAGUGUCUGGGCUGAACGAUGGGGUGGAGAUGCUCCUUCAGCUAUACUGGGCCGAGGCUGUUUAGGGCUUUAAAGGUCAGCACCAACACUUUGAAUUGUGCUUGGAAACGUACUGGGAGCCAAUGUAGGUCUUUCAGGACCGGCGUUGUCAGGGCUGCCUCAGGUCUCAGCUCACAAAAGACCAACGCCAAGUUCUUCUUAUAUACAAAAGUGUUUAUUGGAGUUCAUUGUUUGCUUCACAUCCGAGGCGCGCAGCCCCACGUCUGUUACGCUUAGACCGUUGAAGUCCCCUCUGAGUCAGUCCCUCCCCUGCACCAGUUUAAGAGGCUUGCGCUGCUCCACCUCUUCCUCUCUUUCCUUUUCCGCAGGGUCUUCCUGCCCGCUGGGGUUUCGCCCCUCCUGGAUUCCCCUGACGCGGAAUCCCCAGAUUGCUCUUCCCCCUCCUGCGGGCUUUGGGACCUGGCUCCUCCUCCGGGCUCCCUGUACUUCCGCGCGCCUCCACAUUUGAACUUGCGCGCGCGCCCAACCUCUAACCUUCCUUUUGACAGUUACACUACUCCCUUCACUACUCCCUCCCCUUCCGGGAGGGUGGCUUGCUCCGACCUCCCUCCCUUCUCUGCUGCCGGAGCUGCUUCCCCUGAUACACUGGAACCUCCACCCCCUUCGCUGCACUCUGGCGGGGAGGCUGGUCCUGACGCCCAGCUGCCACUUUGGGAUCCCCGCUGGCCCCCUGCUCCUGACACGUCCCCCUGGGGCUCCCUGGCCUUGACCACCGGCGCCCCUUCUGGGAAUCCUCUGAUUCGCUGGAAAGACUCAUGGAAUCUCUUGAGUCAUUGUCAUCCUCUUCCUCGCUGUCCUGGGAUUCAUCCCCAUCGCUCUCCAUCUCCUGCCUACCCUGUGCCUCUGUCCCUGAACCCCUGACAGGCGUUAUGUGGUCUCAGUGGCUGCUUCCAGUUACCAGUCUAGCUUCCGCAUUCUGGAUUAGUUGUAGUGCAGGUCAUCUUCAUCUGGUCUGAUCCAGGAGGGCUCUUCUUAUAAUCUUAUGUCUACCAUCAGAGUUUGUGUAGGUGGUGGGUAUGGGGAAAAGCCUGCCACCCACUCUGCUUUUAGCUUAGAGAAAAGGCAAGUCAGUGAUGUUAGCGGUCUAUAAAAUGAUGCAUGGCCUGGGGAAAGCAAAUGGAAAAAAUAGUUUUCCUCCCUCUCUCAUAACACUAGACAGGAGUUCCAACUUGGCCCCCCGACUGUGGGGAAUUUUGUGGGUGCUCAGGCACCCAGGACCCCAGGGGGUUGGCGCCUAUGACACUCAAAACUGUGACUCAUAAGAAAACCGAGGGCAUUUUGGGAAAUGAUAUAUGGUGAGAUAAAAAAGAUGUUUAAAUGAUAAUACAAAACAACAGCAACCCUGAAGCUUUUCUCUUAGGGAUUAUAGGGUCUAGGGCUGCAUUAAAGUCUUUGUAGACCAUUGGCACUAUUAUAAUCGUAACGCCCCCUGCCCACCCCUCCAAUAUUAGAUCUACAGAUAAAUAUGUACAUUUUAUAGGCACCAUAGUCAUAGAUCCAAGUACACGAGAAUUCUGCUACAACCUGCCCAGUUGCAGUUGUGAGAGAAGGAGACCCAUGGCUUUUCAGCUCUGUGAGCAAGUAAGAAGAUCUCUCUUGGUGGAGCUCUAAACAUUUAGCAUGCCUAAUGGAAAAACCAGACCCAGCCAGAGGGUCUACAACGGAAGCUAAAGCUUCUUAAACAGGGGUCAGCAAACUUUUUCAGCAGGGGGCCGGUCCACUGUCCCUCAGACCAUGUGGUGGGCCGGACUAUAUUUUUGGGGGGAGAAAUGAACAAAUUCCUAUGCCCCACAAAUAACCGAGAGCUGCAUUUUAAAUAAAAGCACACAUUCUACUCAUGUAAAAACAGCAGGCAGGCCCCACAAAUAACCCAGAGAUGCAUUUUAAAUAAAAGGACACAUUCUACGCAUGUAAAAACAUGCUGAUUCCCGGACUGUCCACGGGCCAGAUUGAGAAGGUGAUUGGGCCGCAUCCGGCUCACGGGCCUUAGGUUGCCUACCCCUGUCUUAACAAACAAAUGCAAAUGCAGAAUAAUAAUAAUAAUCAGGGAAUUUCGGCGUUCAGAGAGCAUCCUCUUUAGUAUUGAAACAAACAUGACACAACAUAAAUCUGCUUCAAGACUGAGAGGAAAAUUCAUUGCAAACAACUAAACAUAAUAUCCUCCCAAAGCCACAGAGUGAAAUAUGACGAAGGAAGGUCAGCUAGAUAAAUUCCACCUUUUAAAAUGGUUUAUAGUUGGGCCAAAGAUUGUCAGUUCACUUUUCCCAGUCACCACCCAUCCAUCAACCAACCUUUUUGUUGGACAAAGCAAACCAAUUAAAUUUCCAGCCCCUGAUAUAGUGACAACUUAACUUUGACUAAUUAUGUGUGUCUGUGGUGUGUGUCCUUUUUGGUCGGCAGACAGUUUCACCUGCCAGGAGUGUCCGCUGGACAUGUGGUCGGAACCUGGCAAAGAAGAGUGCUUCAUGAAACAGCUGCUCUACAUCCACUGGGGCGACGCCAUCUCCAUCAUCCUCGUUUCUCUCUCGACCCUUGGCCUCCUGGCGACCUUGUGGACCUUGGCCCUCUUCACCCGCCACUCUGCCACGCCAGUGGUGAAGUCUGCUGGGGGCCGCCUCUGCUUCCUGAUGAUCGCCUCCCUGGCCGCUGGUUUCUGCAGUGCCCUCUUCUUCGUGGGCCGUCCGACAGAGCUGGUUUGCUUCGGCCGCCAAACGGUCUUCAGCCUCUGCUUCACCACCUGCAUUGCCUGCAUCACUGUCCGCUCCUUCCAGAUCAUCUGCGUCUUCAAGAUGGCCGCCCAGCUGCCUCGGGCCUACGAUGCCUGGCGGAAGUACAACGGGCAGAGGGUCUUUGUCGCCGUCGUCUUGGUCAUCAAGGUCUUCAUCGUAGCGCUCAAUAUCUACUUCAACAAGCCGGCACCCUUCCGAACCCGGGUGAGUGACCACCCGGCCAUACUCAUCUUGAUGUGCAACCAGGACUACCGCGCCACCACGGUCUUCAACAAUGCCUUUGACAUGAGUUUGUGUUUCCUUUGCUUUUGCUUUGCCUACAUGGGGAAGGCCUUGCCGAAGAGCUACAACGAAGCCAAAUACAUCACCUUGUGCAUGACGGGCUAUUUUGGCUCCUGGGUGGCCCUCUUCCUUGUCAUGUCCAUUUUCGAAGGGUUCGUGGUGAUUAUCUUUGAAGCGGCCACCGUCCUGUCCAACUUGUUCAGUAUCUGCGUGGGCUACUUUGGCCCCAAAUGUUACAUCCUUUUCUUUCACCCGGAGCGCAAUACGACCGCCUUCUUCCAGGAUGCCAUUCAAAGCUACACCAUGAGGCAGGAGUAA